GUCACCAGCGCUGAGUUUUUCCAAAGCGAUGCUUAAGAGAGAGCGCCCGGGGCGCCGCAGGCCGGACCACGUGACCGGGAGGCAGGCGCCCCCGCCCAUGACCGGAUGGGAAAACUAUGCCUGGGGCCGGGCCCGGCCUGGUUGCUGCUGCCGCUGAAGGCUAGGACGCGAAGCACGACUGGGAGCUCCCUUGCUCCGGACGCCCCUGGACGUGGCCGGCGGUGACGAGGGUGACCGCCAUGAUCCCCUGGGUGCUCUUGGCCUGUGCCCUCCCCUGUGCUGCCGACCCGCUGCUUGGUGCCUUCGCCCGCAGGGACUUUAAGAAGGGCUCCCCUCAACUCAUCUGCAGCCUGCCUGGCCCCCAGGGCCCACCCGGCCCCCCAGGAGCCCCAGGGCCUUCUGGAAUGGUGGGCAGAAUGGGCUUUCCUGGGAAAGAUGGCCAGGACGGCCCGGACGGGGACCGGGGGGACAGCGGAGAGGAAGGUGCCCCUGGCCGGACAGGUAACCGGGGAAAGCCAGGACCAAAGGGCAAAGCCGGGGCCAUUGGGCGGGCCGGUCCUCGUGGCCCCAAAGGGGUCAGUGGUGCCCCAGGGAAGCACGGCACACCAGGCAAGAAAGGGCCCAAGGGCAAGAAGGGGGAGCCAGGCCUCCCAGGCCCCUGCAGCUGCGGCAGUGGCCACGCCAAGUCGGCCUUCUCGGUGGCGGUGACCAAGAGCUACCCACGGGAGCGGCUGCCCAUCAAGUUCGACAAGAUCCUGAUGAACGAGGGCGGCCACUACAACACAACCAGUGGCAAGUUUGUCUGCGGCGUGCCAGGGAUCUACUACUUCACCUACGACAUCACGCUGGCCAACAAGCACCUGGCCAUCGGGCUGGUGCACAACGGUCAGUACCGCAUCCGGACCUUCGACGCCAACACGGGCAACCACGACGUGGCCUCGGGCUCCACCAUCCUGGCCCUCAAGCAGGGUGACGAGGUCUGGCUGCAGAUCUUCUACUCAGAGCAGAAUGGACUCUUCUAUGAUCCUUACUGGACCGACAGCCUCUUCACGGGCUUUCUCAUCUACGCUGACCAGGAUGACCCCAACGAGGUGUAGACAGGGACGGGGUUGGGACCCCAGGGAGAGAACAGCUUCUGGACUUGUGGUUAUGGAACAAGACCCCUAAACUGGCUGCUGGGGGCCAGGGGUGGGGACCUUCUGGCUUCAGGCCAACCUCCUCUGCCUCUUUUUCCUUCCAUCAUUAAAUCCAAGCUUUUUUAUUCGUC